AUGAAAGGAAUGAAUCAGAAUGCAUUUACUAAUGAUAGCGCAUUGAAACGUCAUUUGAAAAUUCUACCGGAGGAGGUGGUCAAUUAUUACGACACAUUCCCAUUGGAGAAUACUGAUCGACUAGCUUAUAUGCAAUAUGCAACAAACUACGAUUACUUGAAUUUAGCAAUUUUGAACUUUGUUGAGCUAAGAAAUGCAAAGACGCAGAUUCCUAAUUUGGUUAUACUAUUUGAUGAGAUACUUCAAUAUUAUUCUAGUAAUGUGUGGAACCAAUUGUACCUAGUGGCAAACCAUUACAACAUAACCUUGAGGUCUACGCCGUUACUUAAGACAAACUAUAUGGAUGAUUCGCCGUGGGCGGCGUCUUUUACAAAAUUGCAUGUUUUCAAUCAAGAUGAUUUUGAACGAAUUGUGUUUUUCGACUCUGAUUCCAUGUUUGUUAAUGCAUCGAUUAAAGGUGGUGCCAUAGACCCUGUUGGUAGAAACUGCCACAUAGAUGAGUUGUUCAAAUUACCUCAGGAACUCACCUUGGCGUUGCCUCAGGCAUAUUGGUUGAACAACGUUGUAGAGGGAAAAGCGCCGCCUUUGAAGUACAAGCAGAAAUUUGAGAUUCCAGAUGAAAGAAGGCAAAGGCUAAAGAUGAAAAAACUAGUCUACGAUCUAUCAACAACAAAUAAUUGGCAAAUGCUUCCACUGUUGUUGUAUGAUCUGCACAAGUUUAGCAACGUUGAUAAUUUCUUUGCCAAUCAUAUCAUGGUAGUCAAGCCAUCAAAGAGACUAUUUACUAAGAUCAUGAAAUACGUGUAUAAUCCAUGGUAUUGGAGAUUUACAAACAGAAAGAAUUUGAGAAAACUGUCCGAUUAUGAUAUGGAAAUUUUGAAUAAAUUUUUGGAUACUGAAUUGCACAAGGGACAUUUGAAUGUUGGUAUUUUACCACAUAGAGUAUAUGGAGUUCUAACCGGAGAAUUUCGAGAGGAAUGGCACGGGCGUUUUACGGCUGAGCCUCAAUAUCUACCUUUUGUCAAGAAGCAAUCUAACAAAGGGUGGAACCCAAUGCAAAUAUUGUCCAAGAUCAAAUUGGUGCAUUUUUCCGAUAGUCCUAUUCCAAAACCCUGGGAGGAGCACGAAAAGGAAUAUCCGUAUAAUACAAAAAAGAUUUUUUGCAAGAGUUGGAACAUGACUGAGUACAAUAUCAAGUACCCUAACUAUAAGCCGCGACUAGUAGAAGACUGCGAAAGUGUUGAAAUAUGGAACUGGUUUAGGACUCAAUUCGAGGUGAGUAGAAAAGAUUUGUGGUAUGCUGGGUGA